AUGGACGAGGCGAACUCGUACGAGGAGCAGCGCCGGAGGCAGAUCGAGCAGAACAAGCACAAGCUGGACGAGCUGCGGGUGCACAGGCUCUCCGCCGCCGUCCGUCAGGCCGCCGCCAAGCCCAUGCCGCUGCUGAUGCCGCGGAAUCCGAGGCUGGACGCCCCGACCCGGCGGUCCGGCCGCAUCGCCAGCCUCCCGGAGCAGCCCGACUACCGCAUCAGGAAGGCGAACGGCGAUGUAAAGACCGAAUCGCCCGAUCCAGUUCCAGCGUACGCGACCGACCAAGAGAGGGCCUACGCAGUCACCAGGGCCGAGCAGCUCAGGGGCCAGCUGUGCUCCGACUACCCAGCCUUCAUCAAGCCCAUGUCCCACAGCACCUCCACUAAAUCGAAUCAGCUGGUACGGUAA